GUUUACACGUUCCCAUCAUCAAUGAUUUCUUGUUUUUCAUAAUUACAUUCAAUUAUUAAUUCAACCCUUUCAACAACUCAAAGUAAUUUGUUUCUGAAUCUAUUCUCUAGUUACUCCCACAUGUGUUUGAUGAUAAUACCAGCAGAGUAGAACCAAGCUUCUCCUGAGUUUUUUAAGUUCUGAAUUCAUUUUAUUUUGAAGAUCGUAUCAAUGGUUUUUUCAGUUUCGGGUUCGAUGGUUUUUGUGUUUCUGUACUCUUCUUCUGAGUCUUGAAGUUCUCAAUUCAUUUGCAUUAGCUUGAUGAUGGUCUCAAUGGCGUUUUCAGUUUCGGGUCUCUUCUAGUUCGAUUCAUUCGACGAGUCUUAAAGCUAUAGGUGCUCCACAUUAUGCUAAACAAGCAGUGGAAAAUGAGGAUACCAAAGAUUUACUCAUGGUUUUCAGGUUAUUAUCCGUGGGUGGUUGUUUUUGCUACAACUUUAAUAUUGUUUGGAGGCUUAUCAAAAUCGAAAAACAAUGAAGAUGAAGUUUUUUUGAAGGUUCCAAAGUUUCAGAAACCAUUAAGGCUCCCAAAUAAAGGGUAUGGCUAUCCACCUGUUCUUGCUUAUUGGAUCAGUGGCAGCAAUGGAGACAGUAAGAAACUGCUGAGGUUGCUGAAAGCAAUAUAUCAUCCAAGAAACCAGUAUUUGCUGCAACUUGAUUCUGCUUCAUCUGAUUAUGAAAGGGAAAAUUUGAUGUUUUUGAUCGAAUCCGAAACAGUGUUCCAAACAUUCGGGAAUGUUAAUGUUGAAGGUAAAAGUUAUGCAGUUAAUCAGAUGGGAUCUUCAGCUCUUGCUGCUACACUUCAUGCUGCUGCUUUGCUUCUCAAGAUUAAUUCAGACUGGGAUUGGUUCAUACCUUUAAGUGCCUCUUCUUAUCCCCUAAUGACUCAAGAUGAUCUCCUCCAUGCUUUCACUUUCCUUCCAAGGGACCUCAACUUCAUCGACUAUACUAGCAAUCCGGGCUGGAAACAGAGGGAAGAGAUGAACCGAAUUGUUGUAGACCCUGAUUUAUAUCAUCGGAGCAAUACUGCAAUUCACUAUGAUGUUGAAACUCGAAAACCAGAUGCCUUCAAGAUAUUUGGAGGUUCUCCAUGGGUGAUUAAUUCAAGAUAUUUCAUGGAGUUCUGCGUCCAUGGAUGGGAUAACGUUCCAAGAAAACUAUUAAUGUAUUUCACCAAUGUAGCUUACCCUCUCGAAACCUAUUUCCACACAGUAGUUUGCGCUUCAGCCGAGUUCCAAAACAAAACAAUGGACAAUGAUUUAAGGUACAUUAUUUCAAGAAGCUCUAAACUUGAGACCUUAAACACUUUAACGAUAGCGGCUGGUGAAGCAGUUUUCGCCCAGCCAAUUCAAGAAGAUGAUCCACUUGUAAACAUGAUCGAUGAAGACGUUUUGCAUAGGCUACCGGAUAAAAUAGUACCCGGAAGCUGGUCUUCCUGUCAAGGCGUAGCCGAUGAUAGCAUGAAAGGUGAGGAGUUAUGUUAUAGGGAGGCAGACAUUGAUAGGGUGAAGCCUGGUCCCAAAGGUAUCAAACUUGCUGCUCACUUAACUAAGCUCCACGCACAAAGCAAACGCAAUCCUAGCCCCUGCCACCACCCAUGAUGAUAUUAUUUU